AUGGAACCACGUCAAAUAUUCGACUUACACUCUAGUGCACGAUUCACUGCCAGAUCCUCUUCCAUAUCUACGACGCAGACAGCAUACUCAACCGAUGCAACCUCCACCACCACUUCCACUGUUACUAGUAUUACAACUAUGGGACCUUCAGGGUGCAUGAUUAAUUAUACAACUGUUACUACUUGUGGUCGCGUUUGUUAUAAUGCUAAUCAUGAUUAUGCCUGUGAUAAUACUACAUCGAUUAUGACCGUUUGUGGUGUUAAUCGUUAUGGUUAUUGA